CUUGAAUGCAUGUGGCGCGAUGUGGACACCGGGAGGCUAACAUAAUUUGACAGCCGGGGAGCUGAAAACGUCUUUUCUAUUUAUAGAGAGGUUAUUGUCAGACAAACACCAUGUUUUCUCCUAACACGAGCAGCUGGUUUAUUAGCAAGGUUAUCUGGUGGAGAGCUGCUGCCAGCAUUGCCUGGUCUGUCCUGUUGUUGCUGCCCACCACUGCAGUCUUUAUCACGCUCAGCAAGUUCAGUUUUCUUCACCCCAUCCAGACAAUUUCAGAAUGCCUGUCUCUGCUGAUGAGUGCCAGUUCGGUUUUCUCCUUCAUACUGCUCAGUGGAGUCGUCAUCAUGGUGGGGUUCUUGAUUUUGGAGUAUUUUACGGUUAUCCCGACUAUUGCCUGCUCAAAAAUUGCGUUGUUGGGUCAGCUGCUCCACCCUCGCCAGGUUAUCAGCUCCCUUGCCCACUGUCUAAUGGGGAUGGUUGUCGGCUGGUGUUGCGCUGUCACCGUGGGUCAAAGAUAUGAGACCCUCGGGUACCCUGGUAAAAGUAGUGAUGGUCAACCUCAGAUGUACCUGAAUGAGUACCACCUUGUCUUUUUGCUGGCGGGAGCAUUUGUUGGGUUUUCUCACAGUCUGCUGGGAGUGAUCCAUAACAUGAAUUAUGUCUGCUUUCAAACUGUUCAGCAAUACAAAUACCUCCACUUCAAGGGGUCCCUGCCUUUAGUGCUGAAAUGCAGCACAAUUCAAGCAUUUUACUCUGUUAGGAACUUCAUUAUUGUUUAUUUCUUUCUGGGUUACAUUCCGAAAACAUGGAUCUGCAAAACUCUGAAUCUUCAUUUGGACAGCUCUGUCCAUCCUCUUGACAGCAUUUCUGGACUUGUGGACCUCUCCCUCCUCUACCACCUCUGGAUCAAUGCGUCCUUCCUCCUCUUCACUUGGUACAUCACAUUGCUGCUUUUUAGGAUCUUUGUCACAGAGGUGUACAGCUUUCCUGUCCAGUCAACUUUUACUGAUGAUUCCCACCUGUGUCUUCCCAAAGUUCUUGCUGAUAAACAACCAAUGAUCUCGAAGUUUCUAGCCCUGCAGGACUUGUCUCUGUUGUCCAAACAUUCUCCAUUAAGACGCAGUGAAGUCUUCAGUCUCAGUCAGCCAGGUGGGCAUCCUCAUAACUGGAACACGGUGAGUAAAGAGUGUCUGGCUCUGCUGGCUGAUCUCACGCAGAGGCUUGUGGCGUAUCAUGAAACCGUAGCGACCAACGGGAGAGCCAAAUCUCUGUCAAGUGGAAGUGAAAGGAAAAGUUCCUCUGAAACAUCAGUAACCUCCGGUACGGAAGACCUGAUGAGUCCCAGACCCACUUUCCUAAUGAGGACUCCAGCUUCUGUUUUUACACGUUCGGUUGCCGGAGGGCCGCACAGCCCCCUGACAGCACCGUUCACGCCCGACCUGGACAGCCCUUUCGCUUCCCCCGUUCUGCGUCGCCUUACUGCUCAGGUUGAUCAGUGCUCGCCGUGGCACGGCUCGGUGCAGAGCCCACACAUCAUGAGAAGGGUGCCCAAACUCUGGUCCACCUCCACAGAGUCGCAGGUCAGCAGCAGCUCGCCACCCUCUCCAGCCUCGGUUCCCAGUCCAAAACAAGAACCUGCCAAACCGAGUUUUCUGGGGCAAUUCCUUCAGAAUAGAAAAGAACAGGUUAAAAUGUUCAUGGCAAAGCGAGUGCUGAUAAUGUAUUUGUUUAACAAGCUUCCGGAAGCCUCUAGUCAGGCUCUCUUCGCAGACAGUCAGGCUCACAUCUGGGCGCUAGAAGCGCUGUCUUACCUUGUUCAGGCAUCCUUCACAGAGGAUCAGUUUGGAGUUGUUCAGACUACAUUACCCAGCAUUCUCAGCUCCAUGCUGCACUUACAAGAGGCUGUGGAUCGACACUUCAAGCUGCCCCAUGCUUCCAGCAAGCCACUCAGAUCCACCAACAGCAUGGAAGAAUUCACCUACAAAACCCUGCGUUUUGCUCUCAGAGCCACACUCAAGACCGCCAUUUACAGGAUAACCACCACCUUUGGAAAUCACUUAAAUGCUGUUCAGAUGUCUGCAGAGCACCGGAAGAGACUGCAGCAGUUUUUGGAGUUCAAAGAAUAAGACCCUGUACUUUGGUUUCUGCCCCUACUGUUUCUCAUUGGUGUGAUUUUUGCUGAACAUGUAGACUAAAGAGAAACCCGUGAAAGAACAUCAUAGUGCCUCCCUGAACAUUUCUCUGCAGUUUUAUUGUAUUGCAGAUUGUAUUGGACAUGUCUGAUCCUACAUGGCACAUGCAGGAAAUGCAUUAGAAAAAACCUACAGGCUGCAAAUAAUGGACUAUAAAGACCUUUGUACAGCAAGUCAUUAAAAGAAAUAUCGUUUGUAAAGAAAAAUAUAAUUAUCUGUGUUUGAAAUUGUAAAAAUGUGUUUGCCAAUGUUCCUUUGGUGUUUACUUUUCAGCAGUAUAGUCUUUUUCGGGGGUAUGAGUGAAAAAGGCAAGAGUGAUGCUAUCUGUUUUUUAACGAGUUGUUUGUGGUCAUGGUAUCUAAAAUCUGUUUUAGGUUUGAUUUUGGAAAUUUUUCUCAAUUUGUGUCCUCAGUGAACACAGAUCAGAUCUUUGUUUCUAGAUGCUUAGCUUGAAGUGGAUGUUUAGGGUUUUAUGCCCUGUUAGAACAUACGCAUAGAUGGUUCAUCUCCUUAAGUUCAUGUUUUUUUCAAUAACCGUAUAAACUUUUUUUCUCUUAGACUUCAAUAAUAAUAAAAAAAAGUUUAGGAUU